AUGACAGAGUACACAUGGCCAGCAGCUUUGGUCACUGCGCCAGGCCCCUUUUGUCAGUCAUGUGGAGAUGUACGGGUUGCGGCUCCGCCAUGUAUCUUCGCAAUUGGUCCCAACGCUCCUUCAUUCCCGGCACCAUGGUCUCAGGAGGCCCUUUCGCCGCCCCUGCCACCACCGGGCUUGGAGACUCCAGAAGCGCACGGGCCAACAGCACCCAAGCUACGAUUCGGCACCGGCAGUUUCGGACAUCCGCAUUUUUGCAACAGGCCGUGCGUGCACAUCGCCAAGGGCCAUGUGUGCCCAAGAGGGAUGGCAUGUGCUUACUGCCAUUUCCCGCACCGUCCGAUUCCCAAACCAGACUGGCAGCUGCGGCAGAGUCUUCUUGAAGCAAGCGACCAGGAGCUUCUCGUGACCUUCCUGCCCGUCAUCUCCAAGAAGGCAGAGAAAGAAGGCCUCACUCCACGAGUUGACGGCCUCAUCGAGCUGCUCAAGGCCGAGGUACGGGGAGCUCAAUGCAAGCCUAUUCCAAUGGGGAGAUUUCGGCCCAUGAGGAUGUCCUUCGUGCACCUUGUGGAGAGCAGCAUGCGCCGCCUGCCUCCGCACAUCCGAGCAGAAGUAAACCGUCUCAAAUGGGAGCUCCCUCCUCCCGUGGUCACGUAUGGUGGAGCGGGGCCAUCUCUUCUCCUGUAG